AUGACGCCGAUGCCGCGAUGUGCAGUUACAGUGACCACAACCACUGAAACUUGGGCCACUAUCGAUUGUCAAGUCUUGUACGGAGAGUAUCAGCGGUGGCGUGCGUGGACGGGGUCGGCUGGCAUGCGACGCGACCGCGGCGGCGCACACUUACUUGCGGCGCCGGCGUGGGGCCCGCGGGGCUCCGAGCGGUCGGCAGCGGCGGAGCGGCUGCGGCGCGACGUGUCUGCCCGGCCACUCCCGGCGGACUCGCUCGCUCGUGCAAGAACCGCUGAGGAUGGCUGCGAAGACGGACCGCGCAUGCUCAACCCGCCUUUAUCCCAUUGGACAACACAUUCCCACGUGUAUACAUAA